UUGUAUUUAAUUCUUAGGCAUAUUAAAUAUGAUUGCAUAUGAUUAAUUGAACAUCAAGUGCUGAAAUGGCAGGGCAGAGCUUAGCUGCUCUUUCUUAUGCCCUGGAUACCAACACUGAAGAUAACCUCCUGGCAAUCAGGCGGCCCCUUACUUAUGUGUCUUUGUGCUUGUAUGGCCUUCUCUUCACUUACAUUUAUGCACAGCUAUGGAUGGUCAUGCACUACAGCUACAAGCGAUGGUGCUACCGAACAUAUGUUCUCUAUGCUUCAAUAGCGUGGUGCAUAUUGCGGAUCACGCUAUUCUCUUAUUAUGCUAUGCUGGAGCAUGAAGAAUCAAAAAGUUUGGGAGGCAACUCUGAGCCAAGGGUUCUGAGCCGUCGUGUGGGCUUCUUGAGCUAUUUUCUGCUCUAUUCCUUGCCCUUGUACCUGCAGUUCACGUGCCUCUGCCUCAUGGUUGCCUACUUCUAUCAGAUUCAUCGCAGUUCACACCAGAACUUUCAUCCCCGGGAAAUGAAUGAAUGGUGGUGGCCUUCAUAUGUGCUGCUGGCGCUAAACAUAUUCGUGUUGUGCCUGAAUUUCGGCAGCUCUGCCGUCAUUAAAUGGCAAGAAGAUUCUGAGCAACAGCCAAGCCCAGCUGGGCUGCCCCUACUGACGGUGUACGUAGUGCACCUGCGCGUGCUGCUCAACGGCGCGGCGUUCAUGCUGGUGGCGAGCGCCCUGGCUUACGUCACCGUCAAGGUCGCCAACACCGCUGAAGCCAGACUGCUGCUCGAGACUGAGAACUUGACGCAAUUUGGAGCGGUGCUGGUGUGCGUGUUGCUCGUGUUCCUCUUCUUGUGCCGCACCGUGAUCAACGUGCUCGCUCUCGUGCCAACCGUCAAUUUCGUGCUCGAUACUGACCAGGUUGACCUGCUGAGCGACAGUCGCAGUGCAUACUUCAUGCUGGUGACUGUGUUAUUCCUGUGGGAGUUCGUGCCGACGCUGCUCAUGGUGAUCUUCUUCAGGGUGAAGGCCCCCUCGCAGCAGCAAUCUCCCGCUUGGGGACAAGGGACCAAUGGCGCACCGCUACUGUCGGAGACUUUAUCGGACCCAUCCAGCGACGACGAUCUCUCGCACAACUUCUCGUUCCUGCACGCUGCGUCGGCUCCUCGUAACUUCUCACCGCCUCUGCCCGCAUCGUCCCAUAAUAGCGCCUCCCUGGACGACAUCACAGGGUCGUCCUCGGCAGAAACAGAAGAGCCAGGCAACAUCCAUCCAUUAUCAACCCGCUUUUGUCAUAGGACUUCUCUUUUCAGCUACAGAAUUCUGAACAGAGCCAAUGUUAGACCCGACUACAUGUAGCGUAUUGAGGCGGUAUCGAGCCUCGCUACAUGUAGCGCAUUGAGGCGGUGGCGGGCCUGGCUACAUGUAGCGUAUUGAGGCGGUGGCGGGCCUGGCUACAUGUAGCGCAUUGAGGCGGUGGCGGGCCUGACUACAUGUAGCAUAUUGAGGCGGUGGCGGGCCUGGCUACAUGUAGCGCAUUGAGACGGUGGCGGGCCUGGCUACAUGUAGCGUAUUGAGACGGUGGCGGGCCUGGCUACAUGUAGCGCAUUGAGACGGUGGCGGGCCUGGCUACAUGUAGCGUAUUGAGACGGUGGCGGG